AUGUCAAAUUUGGAAAAACUUAGUUUGUAUUUUGUUUAUGAUAAUGGACGAAUUAUUGAUGGUGAUAAGUUGAAAAAGAAUAUUUUGAAUUAUAUGACACGAUUAAACAAAUUUACAUUUGACAUUUACUCAAUUAUUCGACAUGCUAAUCAAAUUAAAAUACCAUCAAAUGAAGAUAUUCAAUAUACAUUCAGAAAUUUUAAAAAUAAUCAAAUUAUUUCAGGUGUUAACUAUUUUCCAGAAGCAAAUGAAUGUCAUUGUCAUAUUUAUUCAUAUCCAUAUACAUUGAUAUAUUAUCAUAAUAUAACGAAUAAUUUUUCUGAUGGAUUAUUUAAAUCUGUCGGUCAAAAUUGCUCAAUCAUUUCCAUAUAUCUUACUGAACUUGAUCUUGUUCGAACGCACGAAAAUUAUGUUGAAGAAUUUCUAAUCGAUAGUAAAACGCGUUUAUUAAAUAAUAUUACACUUCAUAUUACUUAUGAAUCUUCACAAAGAGUAACGUACAAUUUUACAAGAGAUGCAACACGGAUCAAUUGUUCCAAAAUAGACUGUAUAGUUUUAUACAGUGAAUCAGAAGUUUUUCAAUAUUCAAAAGAUUAUUUUCCUAAUGCAAAAAUACUUCCAUUAUAA